AUGGCUUCUAAGAACACCAGCGCACAGUCUGGAAGUGGCCUCGCCCCACUGUCCGACGCCAAAUCCAAGCGCAUGUACCAAGCGGCGCGUGAAUAUAUCCGCACGUGUCGGGAUGAACGGUACGACCCCCUGUGGGAGGCGGUUACCGAGGUGUAUGUCUAUGGGCCCUUCCCGCAGUGGGAGGAGAUUAUAACCAGUCUUUUGCACCACGAGCAUAAAGAAAUCGCUCGACCUUUCGGGGAGGAGCGCAAUGAGCUGAUGGUAAGAGCCAUCCGUUCCCAGAAUUAUAAGUUGACUCGCUUGCUUCUGGAAGGCGGUAUCCCUCUCCAUUUGCCCGAUCCACUGGGGACGCUCUUCGAAGACGUCGGAUGGAAGAUUGACAAUGUCAAUGAGGAAUUAUUGGAGCUGCUGCUCUCUCAGGGGGCGAAGUGCAAGCACCCGGACACCUCCUCCUUCCGACCCUUGUGUCUCCUGGGCAACGAACGAUGGGUUCGGCAAGCGUUGACGGACAAUCCGGACUUCAUGUUGCGCUCGUGCUCGUUCGAUGAACCGGGAGUGUCUUUGUCUUUGCAUCCGAACAUCCCACCGUGGCACUCGUGGGAUCAUGGGGGAGGUCCGGUGGCGUCGAACAAUUCCCAACGCCUGCACUGGAUCAUGGACUGCGUGCCGGCUCCGCUGGGAAUUAUCGGGGUGUUUCUGGAUUUGAAUCCCCCCUUGAACUGGGGUCUGUCCUUUGUCACGGCCCUGGCGGCGGGGAAGCCAGAGGUGGCUGUGGUGAUGGUCGCGAGGGAGGAGCAGUUCACGAAACGAAGCUCGAUACUCAAGAACGAGGUGAAGGCGGCCGCCGACUUUGGCUAUCCCUGCGUCAUACACGCCAUCUUCGAUCGAAAGGACCAUUCGCGUGCGAGUUGUGACAGUAUCCGAGAGAGUUGUCUCAAGACGGCGCAGCUCAUCGCUUACGAGCGUGAGCGCCGGCAUCGCAAGGCGGGGCUCAUGGUGUCUGGUGUUCUAACGCCGCUCACAGGUGGCGCUUAUCGCUUGGUUUGUCAGACGACUGAUCCUUCUAACUCUUCGGCGCCAUCAAGAAAGUCGCUUGUGUUCUAUCUGGAUCGCCGUUUUAUCUCCGCAACCGAGAGGGAGGAACGCGCGCUCUUGGGCGAAGCAGAACGGAAGAUAGACAGUGAUGACGUCUAG